CUGCCUCCCUCUUUCCCUUUCCCUCUAUCUUUCUUCUGGCGCGUAUUCCUUUCUCUCCGUCCCCCUCCCGUCCUACCGUUUUGCCAUCCUUUUUCUUCCUCUAUUCCGUGCUAUCUUCCUUCGAACGUUCAGCUUCUGCUACAAUGAUCGUUCCUUUUGCUUAUUCUUACCGCUGUUCGUUGUCGCUCGAUUUAUUUUCUCCUGGGCUUCAAUACCGGAAUAUUCGUCAUUAUGUCGCGCUGAUUAUGAGUGAUGAGAACGUAAUCGUGUCGUGAUUCCGAUAAAAGAUCUCAGUUGCCGAUUUUGGAAGCAGCAGUUCCAGCGAGAACCGGUCACGGUGACCAGGAAUAUCGUUGAAGUUCUGCGACACCAUCAAUCGUGUCCACGGUCGCAUUCACAUUCAACAAUCGCAAGAAACCUUUCACUGAACUCGGAAGAUAAAUUUCGCGAUAUAACAAGUGCGUGUCGUUUCGCCAAAUAGUGCGGUGACUCAACGAAGAGCCUGAGGAGGAAUUUGAGCAAAUUCGGUGAAGAACAAGAGAAUAAAUUGAGAGAACUCUCGUCGAAACGUGGAUAUAUCGAAGAAAGCAUCAAACUCGGAACGAACUCGAAAUGAAAAAUUACGCCAGUUUUAAAUUCACCAGACCGACAAGGUCAGCCUAACAAAUAUAUUGGAAUAUCAACAGAUCGGAACUAAUCUAAUUUUGUAUUUUUGAGAUUUGUCAAAGCCUGUCAACAAACGUUUUAAAUACUUUUAUCCUCCAUUUUUAAUUAAUGAGACAAUAAGUUGAUAUAGAUAUAUCGAAAUCGAGCGGUUUAUCGAAUAAUUCUCCAAUGACAUGCGAGAGUCGUUCUCCGACUCUUGAUCGUAAAGAUUGAAUUUCGGCUCUUCGAAACAGGGAAAAACCGAAGGUCUCGCCGUUGUUAUAGGGGAUUCUCUCUGUCGGAGGCAAUUCGAUUCGCGGUGAGCUCGGUAGCGUUGCAAAAGUAACCGAGGACCGGGUCGGAAUUUCGCGAGUUUGAGGAGUACCGGUGGUCGGCGUCGACGAAGGCUUCAAGAUUGCUCGAAAACCGUCGCGCGAGGUGCGCAGGAGUGGCAGAGCUGCGGAAAUAGGGGCUGCCGGUGUGAUGCAGCGGGUGGGCGCAGCCGGAGGGCCCGGGCCCAUCGGCUUCCAGGGCCCUCCGAGAUCACUGAAAAUUUCGCCGGUCAAUAUACAGGACGAGCCCGCCGAUCCCACGCAGAAAGGCAGAAGUUCGCUCUGCGUUGGCUGCGGUAGUCGAAUUCACGAUCAAUGGAUUUUGAGGGUAGCGCCUAAUCUGGAAUGGCAUGCGGCAUGUUUAAAGUGUGCCGAGUGUCAACAGUUUCUGGACGAGAAAUGCACCUGUUUUGUAAGGGAUGGCAAAACUUACUGCAAGCGCGAUUACGUUAGGUUAUUCGGCACGAAGUGCGACAAGUGUAGUCAGUGUUUUAGCAAAAAUGAUUAUGUUAUGAGAGCAAAAACUAAGAUCUAUCAUGUGGAGUGCUUUCGUUGUUGCGCCUGCAUGAAGCGACUCGAGACUGGCGACGAGUUUGCUCUGAGACAAGACGGUCUCUUCUGUCGGCACGAUCACGAUGUUCUUGAGGGCGGCAAGCAUUGCACCGGGGCUGUCGGUAUACCCGGAAGCGAAAACAACAAUAACGCCUCCCUGACAAACAACAAUCACCAUCUACACCCAAACGACGGCUCGAUGUCAGAUUCUGGAUCCGAGAGCGGAUCACACAAGGCGGGCGUCGGUGGCGUUCGCGGUUCUGGCGGUCACAAAAGCGGCGGUGGUUCCGACGGAAAACCGACGAGGGUGCGCACGGUUCUCAACGAGAAACAGUUGCACACCCUGAGAACCUGCUACGCUGCGAAUCCUCGCCCGGAUGCUCUCAUGAAGGAACAACUUGUCGAGAUGACGGGAUUGAGUCCGCGUGUCAUCAGGGUAUGGUUUCAAAACAAGAGGUGCAAGGAUAAAAAAAAGACAAUCGCCAUGAAGCAGCAAAUGCAGGAGAAGCGCUUUUUAUUUCAGGACGGGCGUAAAUUGGGCUUCGGCGGCAUGCAUGGCAUACCUAUGGUUGCCAGCAGCCCCGUGAGACACGAGAGUCCCAUUGGUAUGACGCCUCUAGAAGUCCAGGCUUAUCAGCCACCGUGGAAAGCGCUUUCGGAGUUUGCGCUUCACACAGACUUGGAACGAUUGGAUCCCACUACGCCGUCGUUCCACCACUUGGUGUCCCAGAUGCACGGUUACGACUUGCAUGGGGGACCACCGGCGCAAUUGGCACCACCGCCGGGGAUGCUCGGCGGACCGAUGAGCGAUGGGGGGGGCGGGCCCUUACCGCCCCCGGGGCCUCAUCAUCCGGGUGGCGGUGGGCCAGACAUGGGUCAACAUCCUGACAGCACCGACAGUUACGUGACCUACGUCGAGAGUGACAGUGAUUCGUUUCAUCACGAUACGGGAAGUCCAUAGUGUUGUGCGGGGCACGAACGCAAAGCAAUCACGCCCCCGUCAUUCUUCGCUUUCCUAGCGACUCUCGUCGUGAUACUCGCCAUAACGGCAAGAUGUUUGCAACGGCGAAUAUGAAGUGGUCCACGGAACUGGGGAUCACUGAUACACGAUCGUGAUACAGUUAGGAGGCACAAUUUAGAUACCAAAGGACUGCGGUGUCUCAUCAAUCUUUCGACGAUAAUCAAACAGGCUUGUACCGUGCUACUUCUAAAAGAGUGGCUUAGAAACAACAGUGGUGGAUACGCUGCAAAAUGAUACGUACGAUGAAGAGGGAGAACAGCACUGCUGUUUUGGAUUAUUCUAUGCGAAUCGAUAUAAUAUAAAUAAUGCAUUUUCGCUUUAGUUCUAAUGACUUCUUUGAAAUGUCAGAGAGAUUUUUGCGAGAGAUCGACUAUAUAAUUAAUUAAAAGAAUAUAAAAUUGGAAUGAAAAAUUUCUAACGUUCC